AUGGAUAGCUGCGCGUCGAAUCUUUCGAGCGAGAAAUAUGGCUAUGACUUCGUCGUGGCAACUACACGGGCAAGCAAUAACUCAGAAUUGAAUUAUCCAGUCACAGGAUACGUCACCAAGUCAAUCACUCUACCUGAGCUUCUGAAUCUCACGCAUCAAGUGAAUCCAUUUGACAUCCCCGCGGAUACCCCUUGGAGCGACCCGCGGAUCCAGGCCCUGAGAAAAGUUUACUUCGCUGUUGGAGUUGGAAUCCAAAUGGGCCUGCCUCCCUGCCUUGAGGAAAGCGCAAAUAGUGUGACAUUUAACAUAUUUUACUCACAGAUAACCGUCGUCCAACUCCAGCCGCCUGGUUGGGGCCCCAAUGGAACGUGGAACGCUUGGGGCCAAGAAGAUGGUGACCCAUGGCACAUCCUUAGCUUGCAACAACUGUUGUUUGACCUGGACAACGCGGUCUUGCAGAGCGGUUCUACCUUUAAGGGUGUCCCCCCACACUGCCCUGCUUGGAAUGUUCUGCAAGACAAUUUCAUCUCUAUCUACAGUACCCAUGUCAAGAAGCACGGCUUGCCACUUGUCAGCGUGACAGCGGUCUCACUUUCGGCCGACGAGUCACAACUAAACAUGACUGCUUUUGAGCGCCAGGUGAGCCCUCUGAAAGGCUACAAUGGAGAGAGGAUCCAGGAUCCACCAACACUCAGCAAGUCAGCAACCGCUCUGGACUAUCUUUGCGCGGCCAACGGCCAUAGUCUUCCAGGAUAUCAACAACAUUAG